AUGAUUUUAAAAUCUUUUAUACUAGGUAAUCUAGUAUCCCUAUGCAUGAAGAUAAUCAAUUCGGUCGUUGUGGUCGGACUCUAUUAUGGAUUUCUGACCACAUUCUCCAUAGGGCCCUCUUAUCUCUUCCUUCUCCGAGCUUGGCUUAUGGAAGAAGGAACCGAGAAGAAAGUAUCAGCAACAACAGGUUUUAUUACGGGACAGCUCAUGAUGUUCAUAUCGAUCUAUUAUGCGCCUCUGCAUCUAGCAUUGGGUAGACCUUAUACAAUAACUGUCCUAGCUCUACCGUAUCUUUUGUUUCAUUUCUUCUGGACCAAUCCCAAACACUUUUUUUAUUAUGGAUCUACUACCAGAAACUCAAUGCGUAAUCUUAGCAUUCAAUGUGUAUUCCUGAAUAAUCUCAUUUUUCAAUUAUUCAACCAUUUCAUUUUACCAAGUUCAAUGUUAGUCAGAUUAGUCAACAUUUCUAUGUUUCGAUGCAACAACAAGAUGUUAUUUGUAACAAGUAGUUUUGUUGGUUGGUUAAUUGGUCACAUUUUAUUCAUGAAAUCGGUUGGAUUGAUAUUAGUCUGGAUACAGCAAAAUAAUUCUAUUAUAUCUAAGAAGUACAUUAGAUCUAAUAAGUACCUUGUGUCAGAAUUGAGAAAUUCUAUAGCUCCAAUCUUUAGUAUUAUCUUAUUUAUUACCUGGGUCUACUAUUUAGGCAGAAUACCGUCACCCAUUCCACUGAAAGAAACCUCAAAAACCUCAGAAACGGCGGAAACGGAGGAAAGCGAGGAAGAAACAGAUGUAGAAAUAGAAACCACUUCCGAAACGAAGGGGACUAAACAGGAACAAGAGGGAUCCACCGAAGAAGAUACUUCUCCUUCCCUUUUUUCGGAAGAAAAGGAGGAUCCGGACAAAAUCGAUGAAACGGAAGAGAUCCGAAUAGAUAAAAAAGAAAAAUAUCUCUUCGGGUUUGAAAAACCUCUUGGGAUUAUCCUUUUCGACUAUAAACGAUGGAAUCGUCCAUUUCGAUAUAUAAAGAAUGAUAAAUUUGACAAUGCUGUUAGAAAAGAAAUGUCACAAUAUUUUUUUUAUACAUGUCAAAGUGACGGAAAAGACCGAAUAGUUUUUACAUAUCCACCUAGUGUAGCAACUUUUUUCGAACUGAUAGAAAAAAAGAUAUCUUUGUUUUCAACAGAAAAACUUUUUUAUGAUGAAUUCGAUAAUCCUUGGAAGUCUUUGAAUGAACAAAAAAAAAGAAUUUUAAACAAAAUAGUUAUAACUAGAAUUCUACUUCUCGAUAAGGGAUCCCCAACUCUAGUUGGAGAUGUACUGCAAAAAAGGACUCAAUUAUGUAUAUGUAAUGAUGAAACUAAAAAAGAAUAUUUACCAAAAAUAUAUGAUCCGUUCUUGAGUGGUCCUUACCGGAGACGAAUCAAUUUACUUUUAGGAUUCUCAAUGCUAAAUGAAACUUCUAGAAAAAAUGAUAGUGAGAACAUUUGGACAAAUAAGAUUCAUGCUAUCAUUCGUAAUAAUAACAACGGUUUCUUCGAUGGAGUUACAAUUCCUUACAAGGCUAACGCAAGUGAUCAAAACUCGAUUGACCUAACAGAAAUCAGUAAAAAAGUUCCUCGCUGGUCAUACAAGUUAAUCAAGGAGAUAGAACAAGUGUACGACAUAACCGAUGGAGAGCUCGUGUUAGAUUAUCAAAUUCGUUCAAGAAAAUGCAAACGCGUAGUAAUUUUAAGUGACCUUAACAAAAUUAAGAAGAUUUCUACUUCUACUCCUACUUCUACUCCUACUUCUACUCCUACUUCUACUUCUACUCCUACUUCUACUCCUACUUCUACUCCUACUUCUACUCCUACUUCUACUUCUACUUCUACUCCUGCUUCUAUUCCUGCUUCGACUUCGACUUCUAUUCCUGCUUCGACUUCGACUUCGACUUCAACUUCUAUUCCUGCUUCGACUUCGACUUCAACUUUUAUUCCUGCUUCGACUUCAACUUCUAUUCCUGCUUCGACUUCGACUUCGACUUCAACUUCAACUUCUAUUCCUGCUUCGACUUCGACUUCGACUAAUGAGAUUAAGUCGAAGGACGAACCAAAGGACGAACCAAUGGAACAGGCUAUUAUACGCUAUGCCAAGCAAUGGGAUUUUCGUCGAGAGAUAAUCAAAGGCUCUAUGCGUGCUCAACGACGUAAAAUGGGUAUGUAUCAACUGUUUCAAGGUGCAAAUUCUUAUCUUUUCUUGGGCAGACACAAUUUUUUUUUUUCUGAUUUUUGUAUUUAUAUUCCUAGACUAAUGGAAAAACUUGAUAGACUUCGGAUACGGACAAACACAGAAUUGCCUAUUUCGAAUAAUGGAGAAGAAAAGACAAGGGAAGAUCUGAAAAACGAAAAAAAUCAAGAAUCGAUAAAUCUGAAGGAAGAAAAACAUAUACAAAUAGCAGAACUCUGGGAGAGCAUACGAUUUGGUCAACUAGUAAGAGGUUCUCUGUUAAUAACUCAAGCAUUUUUGAGAAAAUAUAUUAUCUUACCCUCAGUGAUAAUAGCUGCCAACCUUACCCGUAUACUAUUAUUGUCACCUCCUCACUUUUUUGAGGAUUUUAAAAAUUGGAAAAAAGAAAUAUAUGUAAAGUGCACAUAUAAUGCUAUUCCAUUAGCAGAAAACGAAUUUCCCCAAAAUUGGUUAACAGACGGUAUUCAAAUAAAGAUCUUAUUUCCUUUUCGUCUGCAAUCGUGGCACAGAUCAAAAAAGAUAGAAAAAAAGGAUUUUUGUUUUUUAACAGUUUUUGGAACGGAAACUGAACAGCCUUUUGGGUCUGCCGAAAACCCAUUCUUGUUUUUUAAAUCCGACUUAAUAGAGUUAAGAGAGUUCAUAAAAAAAAAAAAACAACAAUUAAAAAAAUGGAGAACGAAGUAUUUUCGAAUAUUUUUACGUUUAAGAAAAAAGGUUUUUAGAAAAAUUAAUAUUGCAAAAGAAAAAUGGGUCAUCAAACCCAUUUUAUUUAUAAAAAAAAGACUAAGAGAAUUCUGGCAAAGAAACCCAAUUCUAUUAUUGCAAUUGAAAGAAAUAUACAAGUUGACUGAAGCUAAAAAAGAAAACAAUUCAAUAAUAAGUAAUGGAAUGAUCCAAAGCUCGUCUGGGUCUAUAGAUUCGAUAAUUUUGUCAUUGAGAGAACGAAAGAUGAAAGAGUUGACUGAUAGAAUAAACACCAUGCUAAAAAUAAUUGAAAAAAUGAAAAAAGACAGGCAAAAAGAGUUGCUAAAUACAAAAAUAAAUAUUAGUCCUAACAAAAUGAGUUAUUAUGAUAAAAUAUUUGAAUCUCAGAAAAAUAUUUUAAAGAUAUUAAAAAAAAGAAAUGUACGAUUUAUUCGUAAAUCGUAUAAGUUUCUAAAAUUUUUUGUUCAAAACAUAUACAUAGAUAUCUUUCAAGGUAUCAUUAAUAUGUCGAGGAUUAAUGGCCAAGAUUCAAAAAUUACAAAAUCCUUUUUCAAUAAUGAAGCAAAUCAAGAAAGAAUUGAUAAACCAAAUCAAAGUAUAAUUAUUUCAACUAUCAAAAAGUUACUUUCGAAUAUUACUAAUAAGAAUGUAAAGAAUCAGAAUCUAAAGAUGUUUUGGGACGUAUCAUACUUGUCGCAAGCAUAUUUAUUUUACAAAUUAUCACAAACAAAAAUUAUUAACUUAUCUAAGUUAAGACCUGUCUUUCAAUAUCACGGAACAUCUCGUUUUCUUAAGAAUGAAACACAGGAUUAUUUUGUUGAAGUUGUUGGAGCACACGAAAUAUUACAUUCCGAUCUAAAACAAAAGAAACAAAAGAAUCUUGAAAAUUCUGGAAUGAUAAAUCCAUGGAAAAACUGGUUACGGGGUCAUUAUAACUUCGAUUUAUAUCCGAUUAGAUGGUCAAAAUUACUCUCCCAAAAAUGGCGAAAUAGAGUCAAGCAAGAUCGUAAAAAUAAAGAUUUUAACCAAUGUGAUUCAUAUGAAAAAAAAGGAUUAAUUGAUUACAAAAAACAAAAUCCUUUUGAAACACACUACUCAUUACCGACUAAAAAAAAAAAAAAAUAUAUAUAUGAUUCUUUAUCAUAUAAAUCUAUUAAUUAUGAAGAUAAUAAAGAUUCAUAUAUUUAUGAAUUACCAGUACAAGUAAAAAAUAAUCAAGAAAGUUGUUAUAAGUACAACAAGGAUAAAUGCAAAUUUUUUGAUAUACUGACUGAUCUCCCUAUCGAUAAAUAUCUAGUGAAAAAUAAUUAUCCAGUGAAAGCUAAUAUUAGAGGUCUGGAAAAAACUAUGGAUAGAAAAUAUUUUGAUUGGAGAAUGCUGCAUUUUUCUAUUAAAAAUAAGGGCGAUAUACGAGUCUGGAGACAUAAUGAGUCUGACACGAACAGUAAAAAAAAUACUCAAAAUGGGGUUAAGAAUUUUGAACUAAUUCAAAAAAUAAAUAAGAAAAUAAUUAGAAAAAUAAAAAAGAAAGAAUUGUUUUAUCUCACAAUUAAUCAAGAUAAAAAAAGCAACCCAUCCAACAAUAAAAAACAAAUCUUUUUUGAUUGGAUGAGAAUGAGUGAAAAAAAAAUAAGUCGUUACAGAUCGAAUUCGAACCCUAAGUGGUUCUUUCCAAAAUUUUUGAUACUUUAUAAUGCAUAUAAGAUUAAGCCAUGGAUGAUACCAAUCAAAUCACUUCUUUUCGAUUUGAAUGAAAAUGAAAUUUUUAGUAAAAAAAAACUCAUUGAAAAGAAAAAUGGAAAUAAAGCAAAAAAAGAAUCUGUGGCCAAAGAGGGUGUUGACUCAGUUCUCUCAAACCACACAAAAAAUCUUCAAAAAGAUUCUGCGGGAGCAGAUGUGAAAAAAGGUAUAAAGAAAAAGCAAUCCAAGAAAAAGAUCGAAGGGAAGCUUGGUGUACUCCGAACAGGCCAUUUUCGUUUUCAAUUGAACUGGCCUAAUCCCGAAAUAAGUAAAAGCCUUUUCAUGAACCUCAACGGAUUUUCUUUCAUGCUUAGACGGCUAGAUCUCAAAAAACUUAGUCUAGCCGCUAUUCGCAAUAACGAAUUCAGUCUGGAGUUCCUGCUACCUCCGUCGGACGAUAUAACUUUUCACGAGUUACUUGAAAAGGGAAUAUUUAUUAUCGAACCCGUUCGUCUGUCUCUAAAAAAUGAUGGAAAAUUUAUUAUGUCUCAAACCAUAGGUAUUUCAUUAGUUCAGAAGAAUAAGUACCAAUUGAAUCAAAGAUAUCAAGAAAAAGGCUAUCCUUAUAAGAGGAGUUUUGCUGAAUCCAUUGCAAUACAUCAAAAAAGGACUGAAAAUAGAACCAGCAAUCAUUAUGAUUUGCUUGUUCCGGAAAAUAUCUUAUCCCCUAGAGGUCGGAGAGAGUUUAGAAUUCUAAUUUGUUUCAAUUCUGGGAAUAAAAAUGAUAUCCAUAGAAAUACAGCAUUUGACGAUGGAAAUAAGGUGAAAACAGAUGAUCAAGUUUUGGAUAAAAGAAGCAAACAUCUUGAUAGAUAUCAAAAUCAACUAAAAAAUUUAAAGUUAUUUCUUUGGCCCAAUUAUCGAUUAGAAAAUCUAGCUUGUAUGAAUCGUUAUUGGUUUGAUACCAAUAAUAGCAGUCGUUUUAGUAUGCUAAGGAUCCAUAUGUAUCCACAAUUGAAAAUUCGUUAA